AUGUACUCAGAUAUUUUCUGCCGGUGCCUCAUCCUACAUGUUUCUGGAACGCUGUGUGGGACGCUGCUGCGGAGGAGCGUGGACAGAGGGCCAGGUGCUGUGUGGCUUCGCCCGAUCUUUACCAGGUCAAGGAUUCCUGACUCGGUAUUUCAGCCGCGACCUGAAGAUCAUGAAAAGUAUGGAGGUGACCCUGAGCAGCCGCAUAAAAUCCACCUUAUUACUAGAAUAAAAAGUGUAAUUGGCCGCCCAUAUUGGGAAAAGAAGAUAAUACAUGAUCUUGGACUAGAUAAAGCACAUCAGCCAAGACUGCACAAAAAUAUCCCUUCUGUGAAUUCCAAACUAAAGAUUGUUAAACAUCUGAUAAGAGUGCAGCCACUGAAGCUUCCUCACGGGUUGCCAACUGAAGAGGAGAUGUCGGACACCUUUCUCACGAGCAAGGGAGAGCUUGUAAUUAAGCGGCGCCUGAAACCUGUGGAACAGAAAGUAAUUGAGUCAUGAGAUGUGCUGGCUGCACUUAAAUAUUAUAAAAUAAU